AUGCCACUUAGUUCAUUAUUAGCAACAAGGUCGAGCAAAACUGAUCAUGCCAAACAAUUAAAAGAUUUAUUUAGUAGUAUUGAAAAUGAAGAUAAAGAAAAAAAGAAUUAUGAUGAUGCAAUUAAAAAUAUCCAUAAAGCAUUAUUAGCAUUGAAAGAUGGAUUGUUUGGUCCGCGUGAUGGUAGUUCAGAGCCACCAAUAAGUGAUGUAUCACAAUUGUGUACUGGUAUUUAUUCACAAGAAUUAAUACAAAUUAUGAUUAAUAAUCUGAGUCGUGUGACAUUCGAAGACCGAAAAGAAAUUGUUGCAAUAUUCAAUAAUCUCUUACGUCGACAAGUUGGUAGUAAAUAUCCAGCUGUUGAUCAUCUGAUGCAGCGACCAGGAAUAUUAUUCAAAUUAAUUGAAGGUUAUGAAAAUGCUGAUAUUGCAUUGAAUUGUGGAAUGAUGUUACGGGAAUGUAUACGAGUUCAAGAAUUGGCUGAAAUUAUAUUGAGAUCACCUGAAUUUUAUAAAUUUUUUGAUUAUGUACAAAAAUCGACAUUUGAUAUUGCAUCAGAUGCAUUUGCAACAUUCAAAGAUUUAUUAACUAAACAUAAAGCAUUGUGUGCCGAUUAUCUUGAACGAAAUUAUGAUGCAUUUUUUAAUAAAUAUAAAGAUUUACUCAAUUCUGAUAAUUACGUCACGAGAAGACAGUCGUUAAAAAUUUUGUCCACUGUAAUAUUAGAAAAUGCCAAUUUGAACACGUGUAAAAAUUUUUCACGUGAUGUAGAAAAUUUUGGACUUAUCUAUGCCUUAUUUCCCAUAAGUAAUAUUGGAACAUUGUCGCAAUCUGUUCCACAACCUCUCUCGACACCAACAACGUCAUCAGCAUUUGAUAUCUAUAAACGAGAAGCAUUUGACAUAUUCAAAUUGCUUGGCGAAUUAUUACUUGAUCGCUAUAAUUUUUCUGUUAUGACACGCUACAUAACGAAUACGGACAAUUUGAAAUUAAUGAUGAACUUAUUGAAAGAAAAAAGCAAAAAUAUACAGUUUGAAGCGUUUCAUGUAUUCAAGAUAUUUGUUGCCAAUCCAACAAAACCAAAACCGAUCGCUGACAUUUUAUUACGUAAUCGUGAUAAACUAAUUGAUUUCCUAACGACUUUUCAUACGGAUCGCACAGAUGAUGAACAAUUUAAUGAUGAGAAAGCUUACUUGAUUAAACAAAUAAGUGAAUUGAAAGAUAUGAAGACGUGA